ACAAAAUAAAAUCAACGGCGGUGACGACGCUAAUCACAAAACGAGGAAGUUUGACUACGACCGGUUGUUACUAAAAAAGACCAGUAGACAAUAUCCGAACCGUCCAUUCACAGAUCAACGGCUCCCGUGAAGAAUAAAAUAAACGGUGGUGACGACGCUAAUCUCAAAACGAGGAAGUUUGACUAGGACCGGUUGUUACUAAAAGACGAGUAGAUAAAAUCUCAUCCGUCCGAUUUACAGAUCAACGGCUCCCGUGAAGAGAAUCUUCUUUUUGCAACUCCGCGUUCUCAGAAAAACCGCCCAAAAUUGAUUCCACACCCGCUCGAAAUAGACUGGGUGUUGUUGGUUAGAUCUCGUCUCAGAUCUCUCUGCGAUUUGGCUAAAACCUUUGUGGUGAAUUGAAUGAGAGAUCGGUAGUUUCGUUGACGGCGAAGCUAUGGCGGGGAAGAGUGAAUCGGUGUCGAUCUCGGUGCCGUAUAGGAAUCUGAGGAAGGAUGUUGAAGUUGAGAUGGUGGCGAAGCAUCAAACCGAAAACGCCUCUUCUUCUCCUUUGAAUCGUGGUUCUGAUGGAGGUGCAGCCGUGGGGAAGGAUUGUAGCUUGGUGACGCUGGUGCUUAGUUGUACAGUCGCUGCUGGUGUUCAAUUCGGAUGGGCGUUGCAGCUUUCUCUUCUCACGCCUUAUAUUCAGACGCUUGGAAUAUCGCACGCUUUUUCUUCGUUUAUUUGGUUAUGCGGCCCUAUCACAGGCCUAGUGGUUCAGCCUUGUGUUGGAAUUUGGAGUGAUAAAUGUACUUCGAAGUAUGGAAGAAGACGACCGUUUAUUCUCGUGGGAUCACUCAUGAUCUCAAUAGCAGUGAUAAUAAUCGGGUUUUCUGCAGACAUUGGGUAUCUGUUGGGAGAUACAAAGGAACAUUGCAGUACUUUCAAAGGCACACGGACCAGGGCAGCUUCUGUCUUUAUCAUUGGGUUUUGGUUGUUGGACCUAGCAAACAACACAGUGCAGGGACCUGCUCGGGCUCUUCUAGCUGACCUAUCUGGUCCUGAUCAGAGGAAUACUGCAAACGCUGUGUUCUGCUUAUGGAUGGCCAUUGGGAAUAUCCUUGGGUUUUCUGCUGGUGCUAGCGGACAAUGGCAAGAAUGGUUCCCGUUCCUAACCAGUAGAGCAUGUUGCGCUGCAUGUGGAAAUCUUAAAGCAGCUUUUCUUCUUGCAGUGGUGUUUCUCACUAUAUGCACCCUUGUCACAAUCUAUUUUGCUGAAGAGAUUCCUUUGGCAAGCAGUAAGCCCAGCCGCAUACAAGAUUCUGCACCUUUGCUGGAUGAUCUCAAGCUUAAAGGCCUUGACCACUCAAGAUCGAAUAAUGGGAUCAAGUAUGAGAAAGUGGAACGUGAUAUGGAUGUACAGCUUGGAAAGGCAAACAAUGAGCAUCAAGACGAGACCUAUAUUGAAGGCCCUGGAUCUGUUUUAGUAAAUUUGCUAACCGGUUUAAGGCAUUUGCCGCCUGCUAUGCACUCAGUUCUAAUAGUCAUGGCUCUUACAUGGUUAUCGUGGUUCCCCUUCUUUCUGUUUGAUACAGAUUGGAUGGGAAGAGAAGUUUACCAUGGGGAUCCAACAAAAAAUAGUUUCCUCGUGGAACUUUAUGGUCAAGGUGUCCGGGAAGGUGCAUUUGGCUUGCUACUUAACUCUGUUGUUCUGGGGAUCAGCUCAUUCUUGAUUGAACCAAUGUGUCAGCGGAUGGGUGCACGAGCUGUAUGGGCUCUGAGCAACUUUACUGUGUUUGCGUGCAUGGCAGGGACAGCUGUCAUUAGCUUGAUGUCUCUCAGGGAUAACCCUGAAGGAAACGGACACAUACUACCUAACGAAACAACAAGAACCGCAGCCGUAAUCGUCUUUGCACUCCUUGGUUUCCCUCUAGCUAUUACAUACAGUGUCCCUUUCUCUGUCACAGCGGAAGUUACUGCUGAUUCUGGUGGCGGUCAAGGUUUGGCUAUAGGAGUGUUGAAUCUUGCAAUUGUUAUCCCCCAAAUGAUAGUAUCGCUUGGAGCGGGUCCAUGGGAUGCAUUGUUCGGAGGAGGAAACUUACCUGCGUUUGUCUUGGCAUCUGUUGCUGCUUUUGCUGCCGGAGUUUUUGCUUUGCGUAGCCUUCCAACAUUAUCUAGUUCGUUCAAGUCUACAGGUUUCCACAUCGGGUAAAAUCUAAUACAAAACCGAGUCACACGGUCUUUUCCAGGCGAUAUAGUCUUAAAAAUUCAGAUUUAGAUCCAUUCGAUUCUUUUUUUGGGCCAUGUUAUCCUCUCUCGGCGUAUAUGUAUGUAGAUGUUUUGUAUAUAUGGUUGUGUUAUAUUCUAAAGACAACAAUUUGUCUCUAAAUCGACAAAUACCUCUCUCUUACCACUUGAAAG